AUGGCGACCACUUCGGCGGCCGUCCUCCCGUCAGGGGUCUUCCUAACCCGAGGGUCGGAGAUCCAGAGAAUUCCCGCGCGCGCCGCUGCGGGAGCCAGAGCCCUCGCACCCCUCGCGUCGUCAAAACUGCGAGCCUCCCCCAGAUUGCCGGCCCUAGCCACUCCAUUCAUCCGAUCCUUCAAACCCACUGCGGCUCCGACCGUCGGCCUGCAGUCACAAAGACGACAAAUCUCGUGCGCCGUGGAGGCUCCUCCCAAGCAAUCAGCUCCAGAGCCAUCUCCGUUUGAAGCGGCGCAAGUGUGGUUCUCGGACGUGAUCGCGCAACGGAAGCGGCCGUACUUCUUCAACCGGGAGUACACGUCGAAGGACAUCAGCUACGCGGUGUACAUGCUCUUCGUCCAUGGCUUGUGCCUCUUCGCUCCAGCCACCUUCUCCUGGGAAAACGUUGGCCUCUUCGUCGGCCUUUACGUGAUCACAGCUGUUCAGGGCGACCCCAAGGAGUGGGUGAGCGCUCACCGCUAUCACCAUCGCUUCUGCGACACGCCUGCCGACCCGCACACGCCGUACGAGGGCUUCUGGCACAGCCACAUGGGGUGGCUUCUCGACGACGUCGCCACGCAAGAACGGGUGGGUGUGCGCAACAACAUCGCGGACAUGGAGAACGAUCCCUUCUACAACUUCAUCGAGGCCACCUACGUGUGGCACAUCGUGGCGUCCGUGCUGCUGCUCUACGCCCUCGGAGGCUUCCCCUGGGUCGUCUGGGGCUUCGGCGUGCGCGCUGUGUGGGUGUACCACAUCACAUGGUUCGUCAACUCCGCGUCGCACGUGUGGGGCUACCAAUCCUGGAACACUGGCGACCUUUCGCGAAACAACUGGUGGGUGGGGCUGCUGGCGUUUGGCGAGGGGUGGCACAACAACCACCACGCGUUCCAGUACUCGUGCCGGCAUGGGCUGGAGAAUCACCAGGUGGACAUGACGUGGUACACCAUCAAGCUGCUCGAGGCUGCAGGGCUCGCCACCCAGCUCAAGUACCCCCAUGAGAAGCACAUGAAGCGCCUCUCCUUCCCGGACCAACCAGCCCCCCAGCAGUAG